UAGUCUUAAGAGAGUUACCCUAGAGCACUGAGAAGUGGAUUAACUCCCCCCAAUCACACAGACAGGAGGUUUCAGAGGCAGGAUUUUAAGCUCACCUCUACUUGGUUUCAAGGGCAGCUCUCUAACUCAGCCCUCUGACUCUUAGCGUCCGGGAAGCAUCCACAGAAAAAACAGGGUGAAAGAAAACGUGGUUGGAUGGGACUGCGUUGGCAGAGGGCACGUAUCGCGGAUCCAGUUACGGACCCUUCCCAGGACCGAAUUAAAGCAGAGGGGGCGCGAGCGGAGGCUGGCCUAGCUUGGGAAAACAACCACUAAACACAAAGAGGAGGCUCCGGUCCGUUCAGCCCCGAAGGGCACAUUUCAUUCCAAGCUCCGCCCUGGCUACGUGGGGGGCGCUCGGGCCCCCUCCUAGGGGGCCUUCUCCUCCUCCCGCCCAGCUCGGUUUCUGCGCUCCGUCCUCCCCGCCACCAGGUGCCCCCAGACCCCCGACGCCUCCUUGCCCGCCCACCUCGCUGCUUCCUGUUGCCUGGAUCUGGGCCUGAGAGCUAGGGUUCCGAGGAGCCCGCGGCAGCAGCGGCAGCAUCCACAGCAUCCAAAGCAUCAGUAGCGGCGGCGGCGGCAGCAUCCUUGCUGCUUUUCCACGCCCGGCCCUGCCCGGCUCCGCUCGGCUCUCGCUUGCAGGGCUUCCUUGGCGUGCAGAUUGUUGGCCUAAAUUCCAGCCUUAAGGAGAGUAAGAUGGCAGCUGCUUUGUGUCUGCAGGUUCUGUGCAGCCUGUGUGGCUGGCUCUCACUCUACCUCUCCUUCUGCCGCUUGAAUAAGCAUCGGAGCUAUGAAUGGAGCUGCAGACUGGUUACCUUUACCCAUGGAGUUCUUUCCAUAGGCUUCUCUGCUUAUAUUGGCUUUAUUGAUGGUCCCUGGCCUUUUACUCACCCAGGAUUACCCAACACUCCACUUCAAGUGCAUGUUCUAUGUCUCACCCUUGGCUACUUCAUCUUUGAUCUUGGCUGGUGUGUCUACUUCCAGACCGAGGGAGCUCUGAUGUUGGCUCACCACACACUGAGUAUCUUGGGCAUCAUCAUGGCCCUUGCUCUUGGGGAGUCAGGCACUGAGGUCAAUGCCGUUCUCUUUGGCAGUGAGAUCACUAACCCAUUGCUACAGAUACGAUGGUUCCUCCGGGAAACAGGGCACUAUCACAGUUUCACAGGGGAUGUGGUAGACUUUCUCUUUGUGGCUCUGUUCACAGGAGUGAGGAUUGGGGUCGGUGCAUGGCUUCUUUUCUGUGAAAUGGCCUCGCCUAAGCCCAAGUGGUUUGUGAAGGCAGGUGGAGUGGCCAUGUAUGCUGUGUCUUGGUGUUUCAUGUUUAGCAUUUGGCGCUUUGCCUGGAAGAAGAGCAUCAAGAAAUACCAUGCCUGGAGGAGCCGGCGGGGUGAGGACCGACCACUGAAAAAGAAUGGACAUCUCAAAGUGCAUUAAUCGGGGCUUGCAGCUUGCUAUGAAUGGGGAUAGGCUCCUCAUCCUCUUAAAAGGUUCUUAAAAAUGGGCCACUAGAUGUGAGUAUCAUAUCGAAUCGCCAAUCCUAAAAGAACAAAAACACUUACCUGGAUCAAGCUUGACUCCUGCUGCAGGAAAGGAAUUGGGAAUCACAAUUUCCUGGUUUCUGGGUCCAACAUGGCCACUAACUUGGCAGAUGAGAUAGACACCAAAUCACUGUGGUCUGCUGGGAAGAGCACUGGAUUUCUAUUUAGAAGAUUGGGGUUCAAAUUCCAGUUCUGCCAUGUACUACUGGUGUGACUUUGGGCAAGUCACUUAAGGUUCCGGUUCCUUAUCUAUAAAAUGAGGGAGGGGGUUGGAUUAGAUGAUCUCUUAAGACUGAUUCCAGCUCUAUAUCCUUUAGGAUCAAUUAAGAUCUUGCUGUAGUUUGCCCCUCUGUAAGGAAGGUAACAUCUAUCUCAAGAG